CUUUCUCGGCUCUCCACCAAACCUCUACACCAAGAGAUCAAUAAACAAAACAGACUCAAAAGAUAAACAAGAUGCAGAUCAGUAAAUACGCCCUCCUCGCCCUCCCCUUCGCUGCUCACGCUGUCUACGCGCAAAACGUCGUCUCGGACGUUGUUAACUCGGUCACCGACGGUGCCGGAGGCGUCUUGUCCUCCAUCACUGGUGGAGGCGGUGACGUUGCGUCCACAGUCACCUCCGGAGCUGGCGGUGUCGGCUCUACGAUCACCUCUGGCGCAGGAGGUGUAGCAUCCACCAUUACUUCUGGAGCCGGUGGCGCUUUCUCGACCGUCACUUCAGGCGCUGGUGGGGUCGCUUCUACCAUCACCUCUGGUGCGGGCGGCGCAUUCUCCUCCGCUACCGCUGGCGCUGGAUCCGUCGUGUCAGACAUCACCGGGGCCGUUGGAGCCGCUACUAGUGCCAUUGGAAACUCUGGUGCGGAGAAGAUGGGAAGCUGGGAAGGUAGCAUGAAGGCUGCGGUGUUGGCGGCUGGAGCUGUUGCGAUCGGUGUUGGCGCUGUUGGACUCUAAGUGGAGCAGUGAAGGACUAAAUGGAAAGGAUGUACGAUAAAGAAGAUAUG